GUAUGUCCGUGGAUCUUAUUAUUUAUCAUAAUUCCUCGAAAAAUGCUAUUAUAACGAUUACAAAUAUCAAUAUGUCACUUAGCGACAAUCUUAAGGAGUUGGGCUGGCACUUGACUCAAGAAGGUAUCGAUACUAUUAGUGAAAAUGGGUUAAUACAGGAUGUACAUGUCCUUAGCAAAAGAGCUUUAGAUUACGAUUUAAGGGACAUCGGGGACGUAGCUUUCCCAGAGGAGUUUACAAAAGAUCCUUCUAAUCUAGAGAAGCCUAUAGUAGUGCAAAUUCAAAAGAUAAGAAAUGUAUCUGCGCCUAAGGCGAAUGAGGAGUCUACAUCGGCGCCUCGCAUGUUGAAACUGACUUUGCACGACGGCAAGUCGGUGUGUACAGGACUAGAGAUCACACCAAUCUCAAGUUUGAGCAUUAAUACUCCACCAGGUACUAAGUUGUUGCUCAAGAAUGAAGGCCUGGAGGUUUGCCAUGGAGUCAUUUGGCUCACUGCUAACAUUAUAUCGGUGUUGGGUGGAAAAGUAUCUCAUAUGAUUGAGAAAUGGGAGCUAAAUCGAAGUUUGGCUAAGCACACCAGAGGUGGCAUAGGUGCUGAUGGUGGCCCCCCUCCAUGGAUUCCAUUUGGACAAAGGCUGGAAACUCUGAAUGAUCGGCCGUUUAAGAGUUUGCAGGAGGCUAAUAAACAGCAGCAAGAUAAUGCUGAGUUCGAGGCACAGAGGAAAGGUGCCAUUGCUGAGGCACAGAGGAUGUCUGGAGUCAAGAAGGUAUUUGGUGGAGGCACCAAACCGUUAUUGGAUGCAAAUGUACAGAAAAUAGUGGAUGCUGGGUUCUCUGAAGAACAAGCCGAAAAUGCUCUAAAAUACACCAAAAACAAUGUAGAUAGAGCACUGAAAAUACUCCAGAAGAGGGAUAACUCUGAAAACAGAAAUAAAGAAAAACCUCAGAAAGAACAAGACCAGCCGAAAAGAAAGGGCAGAAACAAGGAACCUAAUGAUGAAGAUAGUAUUCCAGCUAAACCAACUGGAAAAGUUUCAUUAUUUGAUUUCUUAGAAGACAAACUGCCAAAUGUACCAGAUCGAGAUAAAAACAUUCGGCCAAAUACAUCAGUUUCAGAUGAUCGAAGUGAUAGAGCACCCUCAAGCAGAGAUAGGGAUAGGAAUAAUACUAGAAACAAUACUCGGUCUCAGGGAUCUCGUUACGACAAUGCCAAUAGAAGUCGCCCUGAUAAUAGGGGUUACUACAAUGACGGUCAUCACAGAGAUGACAGAAAAUACCAAACUCAGAAUGAAAAGCCACCCAGAUUUCAGAGGAAACUGGAGGAAAGGAAUAAGCAGCAUCAACAGCAACAAGUCAAUAAUGUAGCGUACAGCAAUUCAUAUCAGAGCCAACCACAAAGCCACUACAAUGACAGAAAUAUGAGGAACGAUAGUAAGCCUCACCAACAGAACUAUCGCAAUAAUAGCAAUUCGAUAGAUGGACUGGUAGAUGCUACUGCAAAUCUGAAUCUUCUGUCGAAUCAAUCGCGACCUAAUGACGAUAUUGAGCUACCACGUAGUUACCUGCCUCACCAAGAUCAACAGUACCCUCAGAAGCAGGGAUACAUCACAAACCAAAACAUGCAGGAGAUUCCACCAUUCAGACGGGGUACUGACGUGCACAAGUACCAGGAACAAUCGUACCAGCAGCGGCAACAGCCACAGCCUAAUGGGUACAUAGAGCCGCAACAGAGCCCCAUGUAUCCUAAUAUGAGUUACAUGAGCAGCGGUGGUUAUGCGCCAGGUGGACGCCAGUACAGCUAUGGCCGCGCGCAAGAGUACAAUACUAUGCGUGGUGCUGGACCUUUUUUGCCAGGAUCGCUACUCGGCUUCCAGAACGCCGCCGUGAAUGAGCAAGCGCGAGCUAUGCUCGGCGUUGCUGAGAUUAACUGGAAGGUUGGCGAUCGCUGCCUUGCGCUAUAUUGGGAAGAUAACAAUUUCUACGAGGCAGAAGUAACCGGUAUAUCGGCGAACACUGUUGUAGUGAAAUUUUGCGCGUAUGGCAACCACGAGGAAGUCCUCAAAUCGAACUGCCUACCAUUCCCCAACCAAGGGCCUGGGUCGGGCAGCGGCGCGGGUUACGCGUCUCGCGGUGGCGGGGUGUUCGCUGCUCGCCGUCCUUAGUGGUGGGGAGCGGCGCCCCCCCUGUGCGCCGCCCCUGCCGCCAGCUGACAGCCGCCUUGCGCCCCGUGCAGCCCACCGCCCCCGCCGAUGUCAACUGCCCCGCCAGUCACAACGCCCGCAUCGCAAUCGCCGUCGCUGCCGUACGCCGUUGGGUACCCCAUCGGUAUCCCCCCCGGCUACGAGCACCUCUUCUCGCCGCAGGCGUCUUUGCCGGAGGCUUGCGCCCCAUCGCCGCCGGUCGACUACGUCGAGGUCGCCGAACUAACGAACUACGCGUACCCAGUCUCGA